AUGGACGACCUUACAGUCCUGGAGAGCAGUGACCUCUAUACGGUCGGCUGGAUUGCUGCCCUUUACAAAGAGCUGGCAGCAGCCCAGGCCAUGAUGGACGAAGAACACGGCAAACCAGCAGACUUUGUACAGCCUUCUUCCGACAAGAAUAAUUACUAUUGGGGCCGCAUCGGUGUUCACAAUAUUGUUGUAGCUUCGCUACCAGACGGGAUGUAUGGCACAACGACUGCCGCAGUGACAGCGAGCCAGAUGCUGUCCUCAUUCCAGAACAUCAAGGUCGGCUUGAUGGUUGGCAUUGGAGCGGCGAUAGCCAGACCAAAACAAAAGCGUGACAUUCGACUCGGUGACGUCGUUGUCAGCUUACCACAAGAGCGGUCAGGUGGUGUGAUCCAGUAUGACCUGGUAAAGAGCCGCGCAAGCGGCGAACAACGCGUCGGCCAUCUCAACUCACCUCCUGAGGCUCUUCUAAAAGCUUUGACUUCCUUACGAGCGCAAGUCAAGAGGAAAGGCUCCAAGAUAGCCCAAUACAUCAAGGAGAUGCAAGAGCAGAAUCCUGCGAUGACAGAGGUUGAGUACGACGAGCCAGCGUACAUCUACCAAGGAGAAGAUAACGAUCGACUAUUCGAAGCGUCGUAUGUACACACCAGCGGCACCAAUUGUGACGACUGCGACCCUGCCAAGAUCGUUAGUCGCACACCGCGCUCAAAUCCCACAAAUCCUCGAGUACACUAUGGUGUGAUAGCGUCAGGAAACACACUUUUCAAAGAUGCUGCUGAAAGAGAUAGGAUAUUGGAAAUGAAUGACGCCUGGCAGGAGUACGCUGCAGCCACCGCCGCCGCCUAUGCCAAAGAGUUUCUGGGAUUUGUAAACAGUGAAAUUUUAGCCAGGACUCCGAAAGCCUCUGAGGUCUUGAAUCAAAAUACCAGAGAGAUCAACACAAACUUCAAGGUCGCUCGAGAGAAGAUUGACAAAAUGGAGCUUGACCACCACCAGAAGGAGAUCAGAGACUGGUUGUCAGCUCCAGACCCUUCAACAAACUACUCAACCGCGCUGGAGACGCGACAUGAGGGGACUGGAGUAUGGUUCACUCACGGUGAAGCUUUCGAAAGAUGGAAAAGGCAACCUAACUCCUUCCUCUGGCUUCACGGCAUUCCUGGGUGUGGAAAGACUGUUCUCAGCUCCACCAUCAUAGAGCACCUAAAGAGUGAUAUCAAGCCAAAUCAACCGCUGCUCUAUUUCUAUUUUGCUUUCAACGAUCAGAACAAGCAAACUCUCGAGAACAUGCUACGUUCUCUUACAAAUCAACUAUACCAAGAACAGCCGAAGGCUCGAGGUCCUGUCGAUGAACUUUGGAAAUCCCACAGAAACGGCAAUCAGCAUCUGUCCAAACAAUCACUGAGCGCAACUCUGCUAGCGCUGUUAAAAGCAGUGAACAAUACCAGCAUCGUACUAGAUGCCCUAGAUGAGUCAACCACGAGGAGUGAAGUGAUCGCCUGGCUGAAAAACGUUCUUGAACCCGGAUACGGUUGUCGGAUUCUAGUUACUGCUAGGAGAGAAGAAGACAUCGAGGCAGCCUUUCGACGCUGGACGCAACCUGAAGACAGGAUAAACAUCCAAGAGCGCGAUAUCCAUGGAGACAUAAGAGCAUAUAUCAGUCACACAGUACGAAACAGCAGUGAGCUGGAAAGAUGGCAAAACAGACCAGAUGUGCAGAAUGAGAUAGAAUCAGAGCUAGUAAAGAAAGCUGACGGAAUGUUCCGUUGGGUAUUUUGCCAGCUCGAUGCUCUCAAGGCGCCCAUCGACUACCCCGGACUUCGACGGACUUUGUACAAUCUUCCCAGGACGCUCAACGAGACCUAUAGUCGAAUUCUGGAGGAGAUACCUGAAGAGCGAAGGAAUCAAGCUACCACGAUCCUGAAUCUUCUGAUCUGGUCGGAAGAUCCUCUUGUCAGUAUCAACGAAUUGGUGGACGCUGUCGCGGUCGAUCUGGACCAUGGACCCGGAUUUGACCCAAAGAACAGGAUGCCAGUCCCGCGCGAGGUACUCAAACUGUGCUCCAGUCUCGUGAGAGUCUUAUGGGACGACAGUGAUUAUGUUGGACUUGCGCAUUUCUCCGUUAAGGAAUAUCUAACGUCCAAACACGUCUCAAAGGCCUAUGAAUCAUCGUUCAAUGAGAUAGUAGCAAGAACGGCCUUCACAGAGAAUAUUCCCUCUCUGCGUCUACUCUGCUGGAAACUGGGCAAUUCACGCUCAGAGAGCCGAUACUGGAGACCACAGCUUGUGGAAUCGGUCUUCAAUCUCUUCCGAGAGCAACAUGAAGUGUUCCGCUUCUCCAUGUUGUUCAUUAGGAUCAGAGAUUGGAUGUCGCCUAUAACCCCACUUUGUUACGCCUGCUACAAUGGCUUAACUCGAGCCGUGAGAGAUCUUCUCGACGAGGGCACAGAUGUUCAGGGUGCGGAUGUUAAUGCUAGGGAUGAUCCUUUGUACAGUCCACUACGAGCAGCUGCGCUCAAUGGUCAUGUCACCACCGUACAGCUGCUGCUCGACAAAGGUGCAGAUGUGACUGAUGCACGUAGUAUUGCCGCGUUCAAAGAAGCCUCGCUUGACACAGUCGUUAGGCCCUUAGUGGGCAGAGGCGCAGGUGCGAUAGCCAAUGGCAGUGCUUUAUUGAUAGAGGCUUCCAAAAGAGGACACAACAAAAUUGUUCAGCUCUUGAUCAACGCAGGUGCGGAAGUGAACGCUGGAGAUGGGGUUGUAUUGCAACAGGCUGUACUACAUGGCCACGAUACAACUGUACAACUGUUACUUGACAAUGGCGCAGAUAUCGAUGCCAGAGGUGAACACGGGACCGCACUAGCUGCAGCCUUGGAAACAGAUCACUAUACGACCAUACAGCUGUUACUCGACAGGAAUGCUUCUGUAAGUCUGGAAAAUCUCAUGUAUGCCCUGCGCCGAUAUGACAACCGGACUGAGAUAUUGUUAUCGAUCUUGCUGCCAUAUUUCACCGCAGACACUGCCAACCAACGAGACGAAGAUGGUUGGAACACAUUGCAUGUGGCCGCGCUGUAUAAGUCGGCCUCCAUCAUACGGAGGUGCCUAGAUCUCGGUAUCGAUGUCCACGCUCGUGACAAUCGGAGAAGGACAGCUCUGCACUACGCGACUAUGGGUUUCGCUGUCGUCAAAACGCUUUUACAUGCCGGUUCUGAUAUAGAAGAUCCAGACGUUAACGGCUCGACCCCUCUUGAAUCUAUGGCCGACCUCGUACCAGAAGUCGAGGAAGACUCAGGAGACGCCAAUCCGGUUGAGCAGUCCACUCCUCAAAGUGGCUCGAAGACACCGGGAAAGUUCCUUGAGAUGACAUUCUUCAGUUUCAAACAAGUAUGA